GAAUUGCAACUUCGUAAACACAAGACACUAAACAUAUUUAAUUUAGUUGUUUGUGUGCGAGAUUUAGCAAUUACUAGGUGUAAUUAUUAAUUUUAUAUAGCUAGAAUGGUGCCACCAACCCCUUGUCAGAGAACCUCACCGCCUACUGCAACACCUAAUUUACAAAGUGUGACUCGUGACAGAGAGAAAUAUUUGGAAGAUCACAAUUUUCCAUUUUGUGAAGUUGCUACCAAGUUUGAAAAACUAGCAAAAAUCGGCCAAGGCACAUUCGGAGAGGUGUUCAAAGCCAGAGAUAAAAAAAAUCUUAAGAGAAUGGUCGCUAUGAAAAAAAUUCUAAUGGAGAACGAAAAAGAAGGAUUUCCAAUAACAGCCUUACGAGAAAUAAGAAUAUUACAGCUGUUAAAACAUGAUAAUGUAGUAAAUUUAUUAGAAAUAUGUCAAACGAGAGCUAAUCAAUUCAACCGUUACCGAUCAACAUUCUAUUUAGUAUUUGAAUUUUGUGAACAUGAUCUGGCUGGAUUGUUAUCUAAUACUAAAGUAAAGUUCAGCCUAGGUGAAAUUAAGCAAGUAAUUCAACAGAUGCUCAAUGGCCUUUACUACAUCCAUAGUAAUAAGAUCUUACACCGUGAUAUGAAAGCAGCAAAUGUCCUGAUUACAAAAACUGGAACUUUGAAGUUAGCUGAUUUUGGCCUUGCACGAGCAUUCAGUGCACAAAAAAAUGGCCAACCUAAUAGAUACACUAACCGAGUAGUCACAUUAUGGUAUCGUCCUCCAGAAUUGCUACUUGGUGAUCGUAAUUAUGGUCCGCCCGUGGACCUGUGGGGAGCCGGUUGUAUAAUGGCUGAAAUGUGGACACGAAGUCCGAUCAUGCAAGGAAAUUCAGAACAACAACAAUUAACAUUAAUAUCUCAACUAUGCGGGUCGAUAACGCCUGAAGUGUGGCCCAAAGUUGAAUCAUUAGAUUUAUAUAAUCAAUUAGAGUUAGUGAAAGGUCAAAAACGAAAGGUUAAAGAGCGACUGAAACCAUAUGUACGGGACCCAAUGGGCUGUGACUUAUUAGACAAAUUACUAGUGUUGGAUCCAGCCAAAAGAUUUGAUGCUGAUUCAGCUUUGAAUCAUGAUUUCUUCUGGACAGAUCCAAUGCCUUGUGACCUAUCCAAAAUGUUGUCACAACAGACUCAAAGUAAUUUUGAAUAUUUAGCACCUCGUCGACUAAAUAAUCAUCAGUCGUCAGCUAUGAGACCUGCUUCAGCUGUUGCUAACCAAAGUGCAUCUACUUCAACUACUUCAGGGUUUCACGAACGAGUUUUCUAGCGCAAGUGACCGGCAGCUUAUGCGGCCACUUCGAAAACUAAGAAAUAUAAACAGUAAUUCAAUUAUUACAAUUAUAAGGGUUUAUAACAAAUAUUAAUUUCUUAUACAUAUUUUUUAUAUAUAGUAUGUUGUUAAGAUUUACCUAGAGGGUAACUUUUGUUUGUAUUGUAAAUAAACUGACUUUAUGAUAUAUUAUGUAAAAACGUUGAUCCAUGUUUUUGAAACAACAUUAAUUGACCAGUGAACAUAACUUGUUUGUACAAAGAAUUUUAAGUUUUUAAAUUCAAUAUUGUAAAAAAACUAAAUAAUUAUGUCACUUGUCAACAUUUACUAAUUGGCGGUAAUUCACUUGACCAUUGAUAUCCUAAUGUUUCUCUUGUGACUGAUCAAUUGUAAUAAUUAUUGACUAGUGACAUUAUAAGUACUAAACUAAACUCGUAUUAUCAUUUAAGGAUAAACCUUGUUUGCUGAUUUAUUGUCUAAAUGUUAAUUUGUAAACUUGUUAAAACUAUAUGAAGAUAUUCAUUUGCAACGUGUAAGUUAAAUUAAAUUUAUUAAAAUAGGUAUUAAAUAUUGUUGAAAAAUAAAUUUUGUUUAACAUUUA